UGACGCACGUUCCCUCACUCCCUUGCUCACCCAUACCCAUACUAGCGGCUCUCUCUUUCCCUCUUUCUCUCUCCCUCACUCCCGGUCUACAAACAUAGGAGUACACAUAUACACUGUAUAUACAUACUACUAUCGUGGACCGUGAUACUACACAUGUGAUCGUCCGUGCUCAUAAUAUAGUGCACCAGGAGUGACCUAUUUUGCCUCAGUCCUGCUUUGGCUGUCGUUGGAGUAACUCACAACUUUGUUUUCUCCCGCUCUCGCUCUUGUUUCAAAUCCAAGUGUUUCAGAGAUGUGAUGUUUCGAGCCAUGUCCAUGCCAACUUACAGGAUGUUCCUCUUUUUCUAUUAGCGUGUGUACUUGAGCAAACAUUUUGGAUAUCAAGCAGAACUUUUCAGUGUUUGUUUUUUCAUUCUAUUGUGGAUCUGUGUGCAGAUAUCAUUAAUUUUUUAGUCAGAUCUAACUAUUGCAUUGAAGUAGCAAACAGAAGUGGAAGGCUUCCAAUUUCUAACUUUUCUCCAAAUUUGAGAGUCCAGCGAAAGCUUCAUCAUGAUUGUGAUUGCCUCUGCCGUGGGCACUGCCCUGUGUGCAGUCUAUUACCUCAAGGAACAUUACGACUAUAAAGUUCGCAAACUACCGCCCGGACCAACCUCGAUACCUUUCAUCGGUGAUGUUCUGAGCAUUAAUCCUAAGUCACCACAUCUUUCCCUUAUCGAGCUGGCAAAGACCUACGGGGAUAUCUUCAGCAUCAAGCUCGGUUCCGAGCGUGUCGUGGUCCUCAAUAACGCAGAACUGAUCAAGUCAGCAUACAGAGGCGUUGAUAUCUCGCACAGACCGGAUCUCUUUUGCAUGGACGUGUUGGCCGGCGGGAAGGGAUUCCUCACGUGUAAGGACGAAAUCCAAAGGCAGAUGCACAUGAAGAUAUGCCGCCAGGCCAUGCGCGUCGUGAACAACGCGGACAUGGGAGAAAAGAUUCUCCAGGAAGCGAACAAUCUCGUCAACCAUUUCGAGGCCCAGAACGAGAAGCCCUUCGAUCCUCAGUGCGAUCUUCACAUAGCCUCUCUCAAUAUUCUCUGUAACUUUGUCUUUGGUGAGCGCUACGAGCACGACCAUCCCGAAAUGAGGGAGAUUCUGGACUUUUCAGCGGAGAUCUCCAAGCUGCUUUCGCCGAUGCAUCCUGUGAACGCUAUGCCGUGGUUGAGGCACUUUCCAAACAAAUGGUUCGCGAGCCUCUUCAAGGCCAAGAACCAGAGGGACAGAAUUCUCAUGAAGAAGUACGUGGAGCAUGUGGUGACAUACAAAGCAGGAAGGGUUAGGGACAUGCUGGAUGGGCUUCUCGCCGAGACGACGGAAGCCGUCGCAGAAAAUAACAAGCAAGCUGUUGCUCUUCUCACACCUGAGCACAUUAUCAUCAACAUGUGGCUUAUCUUUUUUGCUGGAUCCGACACAGUGACGAAUACACUUCAAUGGAGCCUUCUCUACAUGGCGGUGUUUCCCAAGAAACAAGCCAAGGCCCAAGAGGAACUGGAGAGAAUCAUCGGACAAUCGAAACGUCUCUCACUCGAACACAAAUCUCAGCUUCCAUACCUCCAGGCAGUCAUUAAUGAAGUGUUGAGGUACAGUUCUCUCACCAUUCUGGGUGUGCCACAUGCAGCAGCAAGAGACACAGAGAUCAAUGGAUAUUUCAUCCCAAAAGGAACAUCCGUAAUGGCAAACUUCUGGUCAGUACAUCACAACGAGGACGCUUGGGACCAGCCUGAAGAGUUCCUCCCAGAGCGCUUCCUCAACGACCAGGGCAACCUGAAGGAACCUUCCCAGCUGCCGCACUUCAUGCCCUUCUCAGUGGGUAAGAGGCGGUGCUUAGGGGCAAAUGUGGCCAAGGCUGAACUCUUCCUCAUGCUGGGUCGUCUCCUUCAGGAAUUCUCCUUCGAGAUGCCCCAGGAUGUCGAGGCCGAUCUCCAGGGAGAGGCUGCCGUCUCCCUGAUCCCUAAACCCUACAAGAUCGUGGCCAAGAAGCGCCACAUCCUCCAACCUGAGACCAUAUGAAAGAACAACUCUGCAGCUGCCUGAAAGGCCACAUCCUCCAACCUGAGACCAUAUGAAAGAACAACUCUGCAGCUGCCUGAAAGGGCUUAACUUGCAGUCUGAGACCACCUUAAAACAGCCUGGUGGAUUGCAAAGUUAGGACUGGGUCUGCUAAAAAAAACUCUGGGGACAAAUAACCAUACAACCAGGAUCGUGACUCAAGACACAAUGGAAAGAUAUCCAAGAACUGUUCAAGAACUUUUUCAGUUCUGAAGGAAGAUGACUUGGAACUGAUUAAACAGUGACUUUGAUUUUUUAAACCCUCAGACCGCUUAAAUAUUGAAAAAGCAGGGAAAGAAUAUUCUGAAGAUGAUGUGUCACAAGUUGCAAAAAUGAAUUGCAUCUUGGUAAUGGCCUCUCAAUAAUACCACAAUUAACAAGAGAGAAAAUUACAAAUUAAAGCACAAAUAUUCUAUGCAUUCACAGAUCUACACCUUGUUAUUACAGCAGACAUACUGAAAUAUAAGCAAUGAACAGAUGUAUGAAAUUAGGGCAAAAGCAUAUCUUGAACUUUUAAAAUAUGAAUUUAAUAAAAAUAACAGGAAAGCUUAAAAUCAAACAAAAAUUAGUGGAAGCAUUAAUUGUGUAUUUUGAAUCUACUCUUAUAUGAUUAUCAUCAUUAUGGAAUAUGAAUGUCUUCUUUUUCUGCAUUAUAAAUGAAAUGUGAAUGUAUUCUAUCAAUUUGCAGCAAGGAUUACUGUAUUACUCUAUUUUGUAAAUACAUCUGAAAUGAGCAACUUAUUUUUGUACAAAACAUACCUUUAAAGGAAGAUCCACAUGCAAGAUUUCAAGCAGGGCUCGGAACACAAUUUUAUGCAAUUUGUAUUCAGUUUUAACGGGGAAGAACAUAUAUAAAAGGCUUAAGUUUGUACCUAAAGCGCUUGUGGGUGUAUUCAGAACACUCUAAAAAAAAAUAUUUGUAAAGUGAUAACAGGGGUGAUGGAUGUUUUCUUCUGCUCCUGUUUAUUUUUGAAGUAUAUAUUAAUAUGUUUGAAAUAUUUUAUCAGUACUCUUGGGAUAUUACAGUAAGAAAAGUAUGUACAUGUAUGUUUGAAAUUGGUUAAACUUACGUAUUCUUACAAAAAUGUAUUCAUUCUCGUGUUCAUUUUAGCAGCAAAGUGUGGUGAGAAUUUCUCGAAAAUUGCAGGCAUACGAACACUUCCAUUAUAUUGUAUUCAAUCUGCAUUGUUCACAAGACGUGAAUUCCUUGAUUAUUUGAAUCGAAAGCAUUUACUUCUGUUUGAUUUUAAUUAUUCAUGCAUUCUUUGUCUCUAUAAAUGUUUUCUACUGCCAGCUAGGGGCGAAGGUAAACAAAAAUAUGCAUAUCUAUAUAUAGUGACCAUGUAAAUUAAAACAUACAAAUUAUGUAAUUUUAUCUUAUGACUUGUAUAUAUUGAGGUGUAUUUAAUCCAUUGUACAAAAAAAAGUCUGCCUUGAAUAUUAAUGUACAAAGUUUACAUUUUUCUCCUCAAGAGCUGAAUACAUCAAUGUAUUCUGCCAUCUUUACUGCCUUGACACAAGACUGUAUAAUUUCACCUAAGUUUCAAACUCUCUCUCUCACCUCUUUCUCUCUACCUUUCUCUUUUAUUCGAUUGUAUUUAGUCUCUUAAUGAGAUAUUUCUGCUAUAAAUUCAUCUUCCAUUUUCUCAGUCCACUAUUCUCAAGAGUAUUUAUAACUACACUUGUAUUCAGUCAUGAACAGUAAAAUAUAAUGUUGUAACUCAAGGGUGAAGGCUGUCGUUUCUAAGAUGAUGGAGUAAGCUUAAGCUUCGGGUGUUAUUGUCAAUUAGCUUGAUGCAAGUGGUGGUGAAAUUAAAAUCAAUGGGAGAAAAACAAA